CGUUUUAUUAACCAAUUUCUUAACUAUUUUCUAUUCAAUUUCAGAUGCUGAAAUUCAAGAAUGGUAUAAGGGGUUUUUAAAGGAUUGCCCGAGCGGUCAUUUGUCAGUAGAAGAGUUUAAAAAAAUAUAUGGAAACUUUUUUCCAUAUGGCGACGCUAGUAAGUUCGCAGAACAUGUGUUUAGAACAUUCGACGCAAAUGGUGAUGGUACCAUCGAUUUUAGAGAGUUCUUAUGCGCAUUAAGUGUAACAUCUCGCGGGAAGCUUGAGCAAAAAUUGAAAUGGGCAUUUUCAAUGUACGACUUAGAUGGAAACGGAUACAUAUCGCGGCAGGAAAUGCUUGAAAUUGUUACGGCAAUAUACAAAAUGGUUGGAUCGGUCAUGAAAAUGCCAGAAGAUGAAAGCACGCCGGAGAAAAGAACAGAUAAAAUUUUUCGUCAAAUGGAUAGAAACAAAGAUGGAAAACUAAGUUUGGAUGAAUUUAUAGAAGGAGCAAAAAGUGAUCCUUCAAUAGUACGGCUUUUGCAGUGUGAUCCACAGGCACAUUAGCUUAAAAAU